UGAGUAAAUAAAAUGGCGGCUUGUUGUUGAUCCGAAGCCGGGAUGACUGUGUCCAAGUGAAUAUUAAUAAUUUUAGACAGUCCAGUGUUUCUACCACAGAGACAGACAUGGCGAACACCUCAAACUCAAAGGGGUCCUUUCACCAGUAUGAAUUUGGAGGUAACUUUUCCUGGGAUCAGUAUUUGAAAGAGAGCAAUGAGGUUGCGGCCCCUAGCUCUUGUUUUAAACAGUCUUCAGUUCCUCCCGUAAAUGAGUUCAAGGUGAAUCACAAGCUUGAAGCUGCCGAUCCUCGCAAUUUGACGUCCAUCUGCGUAGCAACAGUCGUUGGAAUUCAGGGCCCACGGCUGAGGUUGCGACUCGACGGCAGUGACAACAAGAAUGACUUCUGGAGGCUGGUAGAUGCUGGUGACCUUCACCCCAUAGGUUACUGUGAAAAACAUGGCGGUCUGUUGCAGCCCCCACUAGGUUUCAGAGCCAAUCCCUCCUCGUGGCCUAUGUUCCUGAAACGGUCAUUAAACGGGGCAGAAAUAGCCCCUGAUAGAUGUUUUAAAAAGGAACCAUCAACACCAAAGACAAAUGAGUUUAAGGUUGGACAGAAGUUGGAGGCUGUGGACCGGAAGAACCCCCAGCUGAUCUGUCCGGCCACAGUGGGAGCAAUCAAUGCAGACCAGAUCCAUGUGACCUUCGAUGGAUGGAGGGGGCCUUUCGACUACUGGUGUAGAUAUGACUUUCGGGACAUCUUCCCUGUGGGCUGGUGUGCACAGAGUGGUCACCCCUUACAACCUCCAGGGCAGAAAGGAGUGCCCCAGUACAAAAUCAACAAGAUGAUGAAAGACUCUUCCCUCCAGCUGACUGUUCCACAGCUCCUCCCUAUGACCAACUCCUCCUCUCACAGCCGCACCCCUCAGCCCAGCCCCACUAGUCCGUCAGUGUCCCCCGAGAAGCAGCAGUUGUCUCCCCGGGAGGCCGCCUCACCUGUCGUCACCGUCUCCGAGCCAGACACAAGCUCCUCACAGAGCAUUGCAACAGUAUGUGUGUAUGUGAACCCCACGUGUCGACUGGGGAACUACCUCAACCCCCGCAAGACAUUACAACUACCUAGUCACUACGGCCCAGGCAGCUUGACCAGGAUCCUGCGAGAAGUGGUGCAGGGUCUGAUUGACUGCUCCCUACAGGAGAGGGUGAUCUACAACAUGGUCAAAGAGGGCAAUGGCAAAGUCGUCGUAGCAGCUAACCACGGGUCUCGGACGCUGACAAAGAGGGUGAUAUCGGUGGAGAAGGUGUCCAGCUUCUGGAGCUUCCUGGAGCGUCUGCUAGAGGACAUGGGCUGCUGUGAGAGCUUCCUGUCCAGUCAGCCGCUGGAGGGAGGUUGUCCCAAGUGUUCCAAGAGCAAGAUGGCAGGUGAUCCAGACCACUUCGAAUUCCCAAAUCCAAAAGGCCCUCGAAGGAGGUGGUCCACAGAGUCAGGUGAUAGUACCAAAGGUUCCAAACCACCAAAGUUGGCCAGACGGUCAUUCUCAACUUUUGAAGCUGAGGCCAGUUCCACUACUGGUGACAUGCAGCCUCCUGUACGUCCAAGUCGGCCCACCGGAGACCCGUCCGAGUGGUCAAUUGAGGAGGUCAUCAACUACAUCAGUGAUACAGAUUCGGGGCUGGGACAGCAUGCUGACCUCUUCAGGAAACAUGAAAUAGAUGGGAAGGCGUUUCUCCUCCUCAACAGUGAUAUGAUGAUGAAAUACAUGGGACUGAAACUUGGCCCUGUCCUCAAAUUGUGUAACAUAGUGGAGAAGUUAAAAACACGGAAAUAUGUCUGACAUUGAUCAGCGCGAGACUUUAUUUGUCAGGAGGAUCUCCACACCAAGGGGGAUGGGGUAGGGGGUGGGGUGACCCCAGCCUGGACUACACAGGGACGGACAGGCUGCAUGGGAGUGAUGCUCACACACCUGGCAGCAGUAACAGCAGCACCGUCAACAGCCGUCUCACUCUGCAGCCACUACAACUGUCACACAUGAAGGAUGCUGAAAUCAAAGAAAAUCGGUUACAUGGUGUCAUUUUAGAAAUUCAGGGAAACUUACUUGAGAGGAAGGACGUUCUUUAAAGUCAUGGACGAGGGCUCAAAGUACAUUCUCACAAUAUAAGAAAUUGUUUAAACAUAGAGAAUUUUCUUUGUUUCAUCUUCUUUUUAUUGUUUGGUACAACGUUUCAGGGCUUGUUCUGGACCCAUCAUCAGGUAGAUAAGUAAAGAACAAAGUACAGAACAGUAACUGUUAACCCUGCCCAGGACGUCAUGGUUGACAGGUACUGUUGUUUAGUUCUACCUGAUGAUGGGGCGACAACAAGCCCUGAAACGUUGUACCAAACAAUAAAUAGAAGAUGAAACCCAGAAAAUCUCUAUGUUCACCAAAUAGCAUCUUCUAAAAUGCCAAUCAAGCAUCUGAGAAAUUGUUUGUAAGAGUUGUUACAACUGUUAAGGGUUAUCAUUCACGAGAUCAUUUGUCUGUGUACUAAUUACUUUAGGGUAUAACCAACUUAUGCCUGCCACUUCAAGUGACAUCUGAAGAGCGUUACUGAAGCAGACAGUUUUCACAAAAAUAUUUCCUUAAGACAAACUGAGUCUCAUUCUCCACUAGCAACGUGAUGUCUAUGACAGUGUUUGCAGUUCGUGGAACAACAUUGGUUCCCUCUCUAGAUUUCCGCACAGAUGUGGAAGUCAUAAAUGUCAUUGACAUAAAUAUUGUUACCAUGGCCACAGGAAAAAAGGUUAAUGACAUUGAGGAGGCAAUUGUAAUUCUUGCUAAUGGCGAUUUUGUAUAUAGGUUUGGUCCUGAUGUAGGUCCAGCCUCUAGUGUCAUGUUCAUGAAGACUUGUGCACAUAAGGUGUCUUUUGCAUAACAUCUUCUAUUUGUGGUGACAGAAAUGUUUCACACAGGACAAUAUUGAAAAGAGAGCUGUUAGGGAUGAUUUAUUAUGAAAUGGUCGAUCUAAACUUUUAAUUGAUUAUUAAAUUUCUGAAUAAUUUAUAACCCUUUCUGCAAUCAAACAAUUUGGAGUAAAUAACAUUAUUAAGUGAUUCUACAUGGUUUAAUAUGGGUUAUAAUGUCGUUUUAACACAUGAAAUCACGAUAAGAAAGGCACUUGAACUGAAUUUUCUGAAAAAUGUAUGACAUAUUUAUAUAGACAAUUGCUGCAAGAUUUCUGAAUAUCAAGAAUGUUUUGUUCACCGAAAUAUAUGACCUGUGUCAUGGGACAUAUGGAUGAAGUCUAAUUGUUUUGUAACACAAUGAGUUAACAAAGGAACAUGUGAUUUCAGAGUUGUAUGCAGCAUGUUAUGUGGGUCGGUGUGAGUCAGAUGAUGAGAUUACUUAUCACAUAGAUGUGCAAGUCUUGGAGUUUCGUUUCAUUACAGCACUGCAAGACUGUUUAUUUGUACUGUUGUACCAGUGAACCACCUUUAUUUGUACUGUUGUACCAGUGAACCACCUGAUGUCUACUGUACUUUCCUACACAAUAUAUGCUUUAAUUCUUUUUUUUUACACAAAUGAUUUCUGCUGGUUUUAUGUUUAAUUCAGUUUGUAUGACUGUUUGUAUUUGACAUUCUGUACAUCAAUGAGAAAACAGUAAGUUGACUGGUUACAUAGUGUUAAAAGAGCUAAGUGAGGAAAAAAUAAGGGACCUUCUUUGGAAAUGUCAGAUUUUGAGAAAAAUAUUGUUUUACCAUCUAUGAAACCUGAGUUUAUUGACACUGACUUGAGCAGUACAGAUAGUUUGGGAGUUAGUGAGUGAGUGAGUUUAGUUUUACGCCGCACUCAGCAAUAUUCCAACUAUAUGGCGGC